AUGGUCUUCACCAUUGUGACCAUUGUAUUCCUUCCACUUACCUUUCUCUCUUCCAUCUUCGCGCUCAAUAUCGCCCAAUUUCCUCACGGGCCUUCGGGCCGUCCGCAGUUUGAAAGCUGGUGGAUCUUUCCUUUGAUCUUUGGACCAUCCGCAGCCAUUGCCAUCCCAUUAAUCGUCGUCGCUUUCAAUGUAAAUGACUUCAUUGUUACCCCCUACUACAAGUGGAAAGCUGGGAUGACCUCUUCCCCCGCUGCUUCUGGUCCCGGACGCCAACUCCCCCGAGGGUCAGAUGAUGCCAGUCGAUACGGGCGUGGACGGGUCCGGUCUGUGUUUUCUAGGAAAACACCGAACAAGUCUGAAGAUGAUAAAGUUCAUUUCCAGAUGUUGCUAGAGAAUUUGACACAUGGUGGACAGAACUGCGACUACAUCUAG